UGUGAGUGCAGGAGAAUGGCAGAGGCCAGUAUUUCAGUAGGUCGGGACCAGUUCAGCUGUCCAGUCUGUCUGGAUCUGCUGAAGGAUCCGGUGACCGUUCCCUGUGGACACAGUUUCUGUUUGGUGUGUAUUAAUGGCUGCUGGGAUCAGGAGGAUCAGAGGGGGGUCUACAGCUGCCCCCAGUGCAGAGAGACCUUCACCCCGAGGCCUGUUCUACGCAGAAACCACUUUAUAGCUGAAAUGUUGGAGAAACUGAAGAAGACAGAACUCCAAGCUGCUCCUCCUGCUCACUGUUACGCUGGACCUGGAGAUGUGGAGUGCGAUUUCUGCACUGGGAGAAAACGCAAAGCCAUCAAGUCCUGUCUGAUGUGUCUGGCCUCUUUCUGUGAAACUCAUCUUGAACCUCACUAUGUUGUUCCUGGCUUGAAAAAACACAAGCUGGUCGAAGCCUCCAAACAGCUACAAGAGAAGAUCUGCUCUCAACAUGAUAAACUGAUCGAGAUCUACUGUCGUACUGACCAAGAGUUUGUUUGUUAUUUGUGUACAAUGGAUGAACACCAAGGCCAUGAUACAGUUGCAGCUGUAGCAGAAAGAAAAGAGAAACAGAACCACCUGAAGGAGAUACAGAUUAAAUUCCAGCAGAGACUCCAGGAGAAAGAGGAGAAGCUGCAGGAGCUAAAACAGGCUGUGAAGACUCUUAAGAGCUCUGCACAGACAGCAGUGGAGGACACUGAGAGGAUCUGGACUGAACUGAUCUGCUCCAUUGAGAAAAAGCGCUCUGAGCUAACAGAGCUGAUCAGAGCUCAGGAGGAGGCUGAACUGAGUGGAGCUGAAGAACUUCUGGAGAAACUGGAGCAGGAGAUCGCUGAUCUAAAGAGGAGAAACACAGAGCUGGAGCAGCUUUUGCACACAGAGGAUCACAUCCAUUUCCUCCAGAGUUUCCAGUCUCUCUGUGCCUCUUCUGGAUCUGAGGACUCACCCAGCAUCACUGUCCAUCAACGUCUUUCAUUUGAUGGAGUGAGGAAAUCGCUCUCUGAUCUGAAAGAGAGACUAGAGGAAUUCUGCAAGCAGGAAUUCAGUAAAAUCUCUCCACGUGUUUCAGCAGUUCACAUGAUUUUACCCUCAGAGCCAAAAACCAGAGAAGAUUUUCUACAUUAUGCCUGUAAGCUCACACUGGACCCAAACACGGCAGACACACAUCUCUGUCUGUGUGAGGGUAACAAGGUGACACAUUCAGCAGACCUUUACCCGCCUGAUUAUACUAGAAUAGAGUGGAAGAAUCGGGCUCUUCCUUAUUAUCCGGAGAGAUUUGAUCAGUGGGAGCAGGUGUUGUCUAAGGAGAUUCUGACUGGACGCUGUUACUGGGAGGCUGAGUGGAGCGGGAAGGAGGCUGCUGUGGCAGUAGCAUAUAAAUCAAUGGAAAGGAAAGGAGAAACUGGUCGAUCUAAGUUUGGAUACAACAACAAGUCUUGGAGUCUUUUAUUCGAAAAAGGACAUUAUGUCGCCUUGCAUAAAAAUGAGAGAACCACCAUAUCUACCCGUCCCUCCCGCUCUAAGGUAAUGGGAGUGUAUGUGGACUAUCCAGCCGGCAUUCUGUCCUUCUACGACGUCUCUGACACACUGACGCACCUGCACACAUUCAACAUCACAUUCACCGAACCGCUCUAUGCAGGAAUUAGAGCUUUUGGCUCCGCUAUACGUAUUUGUAACAUAGAAUAGCCUCAUACACAGGUGGGUAGUAACCAGCACAGGUGGAAAACAUUUAGGUUAUUAUACUUCAUUACAGUAGUUACUACUUUUUAUUUCAGUUUAUUUUUUGGAAGAUUUGUACUCAAAUAUUACUGUAACUGAAAACUUUUACUGAACAUUUACUGAAAUACUAAGCAUACAUUAGAUUUUAUUUUCAUAAAUACGUUUUACUCCUUAGAUUUUCAUUUAGAUUUAGAUUUUCUCAGUUAGAAAGCACUGUUUAGAAAUCUCAAAGGUCAGGAAAGCUUUCUGUUUUUCUCUUGCUAUUCUUUAGUUCUAUUGAAUAUUAUUUGUUUUUAUAAAACAUCCAACCAAGUUCAAAUAAGUAUAAAAUAAAACUGCCUUGAACUGUGAUAAUCUGUCUUUGUGCAGGAGCUAGUACUGCCAAGAGUCACCGCAUCACAUUUUACCCAAAAAAUUGCAUUUUAAAUGUGUGCACUUAUGUAUGUUUUAAUGUACGUAGAUACUUUUUGAAUCAUUACAUCCACUUUUAAUUGAGUAAGAGACACAGUGCCUUUACUUAGUUUCUCUGCUUUUCCACCCUGGGAACUGGUUACAUUUACUCAGUUACAUGCACUUAGUUGCAUGUACUAUUUUUUGAGUUUUCAAUUGAUAAUAUUUUUCAAUUCAAGUAGAUUUUUGAGGAAAGCAGUCUGAUUUCCACUUGGUUAUGUUUAGUCCAUCAUAUGUAGUUCUUGAUUUUUAGUAGUAAAUUUCAUGCUACAGUUGGUAAGAUAGUUUGUUCUGCUUUACUAUUCCGAACACCUCUCACGUUGAAGCUUUAGCACUUCUGUGUUAAUUGGUAUUUUAUACCAGAUGUGGAAUGUAAAUUUGAUGCCGUUGUACAGUCCAGACAUCUCAAACAAGUAGACUAGCACUGGCAUGUUCUGUAGCUGUAAACAAGUUUCCUGAUGUCAUAUCAUAAUCCUGACAUUAGCAUAUUUUAGUAUGUUGGAAAUUGAUAGGUCCAAAAAAACAAAACCAAACACUGUAAGGUAACAUUACUGAAGAAAAAAAACAGUCAAACAUAUAUGAAAUAGUUUUUGAACUGGGCAAAAGGGGGUCAGUUUUUGGUAGAUGUACCAGUAGUUCAAAUCAUGACCAUGCUCUGAACACUGAUGCCAGAGCAAUGAAAACAAAUCUUGAAUGGCAGGCACUCUUGAGGUAAUUAUUCAUGGUAGUUAUGUUUGAUUCAUGGUAGAUACACUGACACAUAUCACUCAAAGAGCAGUGUAGCAGUGUGGUAUUUGUUACUUUACCAGACGUCCUAUUUUUGCUGAAUUAUAGUAUUCAGAUUUCACAA